AUGAUCGUCCUAACGGUGCUGUUUAGCAUCUUGUCGCAGCCGGCCGCAGCGUUCAACAACCCUCCCGGAGUGGAGACGUGGUGCGGAAAGGCCUAUCUACCAACGAAUGCGUCGUUCCCGCCGGGAGGCUGGCUGGACGAGCCAGCCCCGUCCUCUGAGCCUCUCCUGGACCUGCGCAUCCGUCCGCGCAUGAAUCUCUACACGGCAGAUGACCAAUGGGGCUCGUUCAUCGUGGACGCUGGCCUGUCGUUCUUCCAUGGGCAGCCAUACUACAACAGCACCUACGACCAGGGCAACAAUGGCUACAAGCCCUUUGACACGCUGUUCAUCGAUAUCGCCGACGCGGACACGGGACUCGCGCUCGUGUCGGGAGCCAACGUGAGCGUGAACUCUACGGCGAACGAGUUUACCUUCUCUCUUGCAGGUCUGCGUCCGCAGUUUGAGCCGUAUAACAUCUCCAUCACAGGCGCCUCUCAGGACGGCAACCAAUCCUACGUUGCCCAAACACAGCUCUACCGCCUCCCUUCGCGGACGGACGGCGGCAGCGUCACCAAGCUGGACAGUCUCUACGGGGGCUUGCUGGUCCAAGACUCUACGGCCGCAAAUUCAUCCGCUUCGUGGACACCGUUGUUGCCAUACUCCUUCUACGUCAUCUGGGAUGGUUAUUUAAACAAUUCGUUGGAGAAUAUACAGAAGUUUAAGGAUCAGGGUUAUAAUAUCGUGCAUGUAGUACCCGACGGCAACCUGCCUAACCAGGCGUUCAACUUCACCCAGUUCAACCAAUUUCUCGAUAUAUGCGACGAGAUUGGGUUGUGGGUUAUGUACGAUAUGCGCUACACGUAUCUCAACCUGACGUCUGUCGAGGAGCAAGUGAACAUGAUCAAGGCCCGGAAGAGCCUGCUGCUGUGGUACACGGGCGACGAGCCGGAUGGGCAUGGCGAUCCGCUCAAUGCCACCAGACUGGCGUACGACUUGAUCAAGUCGUUGGAUCCAUGGCAUCCGGUGUCGCUCUGUCUGAACUGCUACAACUUCUACUAUGCCGAUUACUCCUCCGGUGCGGACAUCGUGCUGUCGGAUGUCUACCCCAUCGCCGUCAAUACAACCUGGUCUGUCCAAUAUCACACGGUAUGCAACACCACGUACGGAUGCUGUGGCUGCGACGACUGCAAGGGCGACUUUGAAGACAUCUCGACGCGUCUCGAUCUGUUCACCCAGUACCAGGACUGGAUUGGAGGCCCGCCCAAGACCCUCUGGGGCGUCCCGCAGGCCUUUGGGGGUGGAGAGUUCUGGGCGCGGAAUCCAACGCCGGACGAGGAAGUGACGAUGAACCUGCUCAGCAUCAACCACAACGCGAAGGGGAUCGUCAUGUGGAGCUACCCGACGGAGCCGGAUCUCGAGGACGUGACCAGCUCGCUGAGCAAGGUCCUUGCUGCGCCGAACGUGACAAGCUUUCUUCUAGGAGCCCCCACCACCGCGUUGAAGACGGCAGGUGCAGAUCGAAUCGACGCUGCCGGGUGGCAGGUCGGAAAGCAGAUGCUCGUCAGCAUUUUGUAUCUGGAGUACAUCGAUUCCGAUUCUCAGGUCACGAUCUCUUUGCCCACGCCGGCCAGCUCAGUCACCCAAGUUUUGUGGGGUACUGGCUGGACUGUGUCAGGGGGCAAUCUCGUGAAGAAUGGCCUGAAGGGUCUAGAAGCAGAUUUACUCAUUGUGGGAUUGGAGUAA